UACGUCGUACGUCAGCUGGGUGAGUGUUUUUGAACGGAGAUGGUUGGUUAGCCUGUGAGCGAUUGGGAUUACUCUACGGCGGAAACGUUGACAACCGGGUACCUAUUCUAUUUCUCAUCACAUAUAUGCCUCAGUUAUGACCGUAUUCAUGUCUGUAGUGCUGGGGUGGCUUCAUUAGUCACACAGUUUUCUCAAAGUAUCAUGUUGAUAAUGUUGGAACCUCGUUAGCAGAGUUAGCUAGUAUUAGCUAGAUGGCUAGCUAGGCUAAUACCUAAAACCAGACAGCCAAAUCGUUGGCUGACUCAGUCUAGCCGCAGCGUUGGCAAGAUCAUGUUCCGAUGUGGGAAAUAGUCCUAAAGGUAUUUAGCGUUGAAAACAACCGUGAGCACACGUGAAGCCACAGGCAUAGAUUUAAGGAAAGCUUACAGUUGCUAGCUCAUGGUUUUGAUGUACAGGGGAUUGAACUGAUUUGUUGAUUUCGCCAUUAGCCAGAUUAUGAACGGUGAAAGAUCCAGACCGGACUCCCCUCUAUUCGGGUGAUGGCAGAGCGUCUGCAGUCAUAUGACAGUAACUCCAGUGACACCGAAAACUGGGAUCAAACCGCAGCAAGCCGACCCCGCAAACUCUGCAAACACUCGAGGUGAGCCUUAAAGCAGUCAGUCUGUCAGAGCCGCUGGGACCAUUACACCAGCGACUAAUGCGACUCAGCUACAUAUGUGGCAUUAACAGGUGAGAUGACAACAUGACAAAAGAUCUAAUGUUUGAGGUUUCUCUUGAAGCUGUUUGUUUUUAUUAUUUAUAACUCUGCUGUACCUUUCUUGAAUUGAGUGACUGAUAUCUUUGUUGAUUCUUCUCUGACAUGUAGACCACAACCAGAGUUUAGAGAAUGAUUACAAUACAAUAAGCUACUGCAUCUGUGAGGUCUUUGAAGUGUUCCCCUCCAUUCAUUGAUUUACACACAGAGAGAGAAGCGCCGCUGCAGAAAAAAUCUAGGGGAAACACUGCUUUGUGUCUCUCUGACUUUUGAUUGUUAAUAUAUAUCAUGAUUGUUUUAUCGCCCAGCCCUAAGUUUAAGUACAUCCAUGAUGAAAUAGCUGGCUGAACAGUUUUUGCAAAGGAAGCUGAUAUUUUAUAUACCUGUUGUCAAAUUUUGGGAAAUAAUAAAUAACACAAAAAACCAACAGUAAUCAAUAUCAGCUGUCCAUUUACAAAAUCUGAUGUCAGUUAAAGCGCUUUGAUGGGCAGAGUUACAAACUGCCUAAAUCUGUCUGCUCUUUGUAAUUUUAUUAUUCAAGGUGUUUUUUGACAUUGAGCUUUAUGUUUUUAUCUGUAAAGAAGACUUUUUUAUCAGUGUUGCCCACCGAUAUCUAAAAUAUAUUCUGGGCCAUAAUUUGGUUAGUAUAUGUAGAAAAUCCUUAUUAACAAUGUGUCAUACUACCUGUGCUUAUAAAGGAACUGUUUUCCAUUAUUGCAGUUUAGUUCACUGAAGUGUACAGGGGUUGAGUUUGAUGUAAUUCAAUUCAUAAUACAGUUAAAAAAACAUCUCAAAUUUAUUCUGGUGGCCUUAUUUGUUUUAUCAUGUUAGUGUAGUUUGUGGAAAUGGAUCCCCUUACUUUCUCUGUGAGGUGAGGUUGUUUGUCUUUAUUAUAUAUUAGUAACUUAAAGGAUAGUAGAACCAAGCAGAAAGGAAGAGCUGAGACUUUGCAUACAGUGUUAGACCAAGGGGGCUGUGUCUGUGAUGUUCGACUGAGGUGGGUUUGUAUUGACAAUACUUUUCCCUGCAGCUAUUGUCUCUUCCUGUUUCUUUGUUGACAAAGUAACAAAGAAAUGAAUGUUGAUUUCUCUCUCAGUGAUCAAGUUUCACAUUUCAGGGACCCUUUUAGCUGAACAUGGAGUUGUGAAAUUUACUUCUUCCUGUCAGUCUUUUUAUACCCAACCAGAUGUGAUCGCCUUUUUUUCUAUUCUUAGUUUGUUUCAUUAUAUUUCUCUCUGUUUGUCAGGCACAGGCGUCUCUGAUGUUGUUUUUGUGUCAGAUUAGACAUCAAAAGUGACGGCAACAGGACUUGGUUGCAUUUUAAGCAUGUGUGUCAUCAUCCUUUUAUAGCCCUCACAGAAUGCGGUAGGUCUGGUUGUUACCUAGUUUUUAAAGCCUCAUACUUGAGGUUACUGGAUAAAUGGACCACACUGGUAUUGUUUUACACUUUUUACCUUUGAGAGCAAUUACAUUUUAACUACCUGUCAAAAACAAACACAGUUGAAGUUCAGGUGUAAUUUGGUGUCAUGUUCAGUGAGAUGUGAGUUCUUUUCAUGCUCGGGUUUUGUUACACAAUUAGUUUGCUCAACUUCUGUAAUGCGCUCAAGCACGCACAGCAGGAAUCCGUGAACCUGUGUGUUCACCGCAACCUAAAAACCUUGACAAAAAUAACCCUGCCGUCUUGAGAAAAAAGGGAAGAAUGUUUGGUAUGCUUUUGUUUUGAAAAGCAGCAGUCAGGCCAGAGCAUCUCGAGUGGAGGCAGAAGAGAGGAAGAUGAGCUUGCAUGGUGCCAGUGGAGGUUGUGACCGCUCACGUGACCGCCGCCGCUCCAGCGAUCGCUCCAGGGACUCCUCGCAUGAGAGAGAGGGGCAGCUCACCCCCUGCAUUCGCAACGUCACCUCACCCACCCGCCAACACAACAGUGGUGAGUGUGCAUGGAAAGAAUAGAGGGCUUAUAUGGAAGUAGUGUUGGAGGUCUGCUGCUUUUGGCAGCAGCUGCAGAGAACAGCUGACUGCAUCUAUGAACUUUCAGCUGAGGCAUGGUGUAUACCUUUGGUGUAUUUUCCUGUGCAUCAAUUAAGUGCAAACUUUAAGUCUGGAUUUCAAGGUACUAAACACAUGCCCUGUCCAUGGUGGUUUUGUCUUAAAUCAUAUACUCGAGCAACAGACAAGGCACUAUAAGGCGCACUUAAAUUCCUUUUGGCUUGUCGGAGCACUGCAGCUACCGUAGCCUCGCAGAGUUUUUGAAUGAGUUAAUAAAGUUUGACUUAUCUGACUGUUUUGUUUGGCUUAAUAUGCUUUAUAAUCCGGUGCGCCUUAUGUAUGAAAAUAGACGUGUUCAUACCGAAAAAUACGGUACUCAAAUAGAUACCAUUAGUGUGUCUCAUAAAUAUAAAAACCUCCAAAGAGACAGAUAAUCUUUAAAUCUAUAAAUGAGCUUUUACUGGUUUAUGAUCGGGUGUUUUCAUUCUUUCUUUCUGUGUGUUGAUUGUGAACAAGAUGGUGGCUCGUCAUCAAGGCCCAGUAGCCCACGGCCUCAGAGAGUCUCACCCAGCGGCUCCAGCAGCAGCGGGGUGGUAAGCAGUCGUAACAGCAGUCUGUCCAGUACUGAAGGUACCUUCAAGAGCUUAGGAGUUGGAGAAAUGGUUUUCGUCUACGAGAAUCCAAAGGAGGGAGGAACUGGUGCCACAGUAGGAAGCCGAAACAUUCGGACCUCAGAGAGAGUCACUCUGAUCGUCGACAACACGCGCUUUGUCGUAGAUCCUUCCAUCUUCACUGCACAACCCAAUACAAUGUUGGGCAGGUACAGUAUACUUUUAACAAAACUGUAGUUGUCUUCUUAUUCUGUAAACGUUAAUAAUUCAAACAAUGAUACUACUUUUAGUUAAACGUCUUUGCACUGGUAUGAAAUUGGUGUUGCGAUUUCGGGUUCCUAAAGCUAAAUGAAGCUUCUUUAUCUCAGAAUGUUUGGAUCUGGAAGGGAGCACAAUUUCACACGGCCCAACGAGAAGGGGGAGUACGAAGUGGCCGAGGGAAUUAGUUCAACAGUUUUCCGAGCAAUUCUGGUGAGUCUUCCUGACAUUGUUUAUAUUUAUAUUAACAAAAGCGGACCAAAAUAGAAAUGACUCACAGUAUAACACACUGCACUUCAAAAGCUCAACAUACCACAGCCUCAAAACGGAUUAAAACAAAGAAAUAUCAUCAACAAACCUGACUGUUAUUCCCUCAAAUUAAUGAUUUGUAGAGCAGCUGCUGUGUUUGACAUUCCUUUAAUCUGACCAGCUGCAUCCCAGUAACCUGUGGUUGAUAAUUAAGAUCUCAUAGGACUUUGUUUUUAAGAUAUAUUGCAUAACUGUCAAAAAGUGAUAACUAAUUAAUGACUGUAACUAACAAGCUGCUGCUGAUAACUUCCUUGGCUUGUAAAUGUUUGACAGCUUAAUACCUCCUGACUAGAUUCACUGAUAGAUGUCGUUUUCCCUACAUGGUCUCAACAACAUCUAAGAGAGAGAUCUGCAGUCCGAUUCUUUAAUUCAGUGUCACACGUCAGUAUAUUGAUGCAACACAUUGUUAUCUAAUGAAAGUCAACGGCACUAUUAUCUGACUGGGUGUUGUUUUUGUUGGCUCAUUUAAAAUCCGACUUGAAAAAGUUGAAACAUGAUGAAUAACCAGUAAAGGCUAACCUGAUGAAUUGCCGAGCAAGUGAGACUGAUUUGCUUUUCUGUGUGAAAUCUUUGGCCAAAUGUCGGUGGUGCCUUUUUAAUGUACAGUACAUUUUAUGUAUGAGUUAAUGGAUUAAGACAGUGUUUGAUAUUAUAUUCUUCUAAUUGAAGGAUUACUACAAAUCCGGGAUAAUCCGCUGUCCUGAUGGAAUCUCCAUCCCUGAGCUGCGGGAGGCGUGUGACUAUCUAUGCAUCUCCUUCGACUACAGCACCAUUAAAUGCAGAGACCUCAGUGAGUAUUAUCAUGGGGCGCUGAAUCCACUUGGUGUUACGCAUGUAACAGCAGCUUUGCCACUUUUACCAACACAUUAUACACAUUAGAAAUAUAUUAAAUAUUUAAAGCAGCAAGAACAGCAUCAUAGUCUUAAUUCUUUCGUAGGUGGAAAUUUUCAUAAAUUUUAAAGAGCUCUAAGAAUCACUGGUUCACUUAUAAUCUCCGUCUCCCUUGUGAUCAGGUGCCCUGAUGCAUGAGCUGUCCAACGAUGGAGCUCGGCGACAGUUUGAGUUUUACCUGGAGGAAAUGGUUCUUCCUCUGAUGGUGGCCAGUGCCCAAAGUGGAGAGAGGGAAUGUCACAUUGUCGUCCUGACUGACGAUGAUGUGGUCGACUGGGAUGAAGAAUAUCCUCCACAAAUGGGAGAAGAGUAUUCACAAAGUGAGUACAGUGUCAUGGAGAGUUAAGAAAAACAAGGCUGGAUAUAUAUGUAUGAAAAAUAAACUUGAUUGUUUCUUUCUUCUUCUUUCUUCAGUCAUCUACAGCACAAAACUGUACAGAUUUUUCAAGUAUAUUGAGAACAGAGAUGUCGCCAAAUCAGUCUUGAAGGAAAGAGGGUUAAAGAAAAUAAGACUGGGCAUUGAAGGUAAGUUUGUCAACAGUUAUGUGUCUUUUCAGCAGAGCAAUCAUUCAGUGAGAUUCAUGCUGCCUAAACAAGGAAAUUUCCCCUCAGAUGAAUAAUUUUGGUGAGCUGCUUCUAGAUAGAGGAUAUUUUUUUCAUGUCUGUUUCAUGCCUUAGAGCAGACAAGAUUGUGGAUAAAGUCAGAACAGAGAGGAGAGAGUAGAGGCUGACAUGCUGCGAAUAAACUGAGAAAAAGAAAAGACCUAGGAGACUCAGUCAACACAAUUUGAGCUGAUGAUUAAAUUCUUCUCCUCCUUCUGCAGGUUAUCCAACAUAUAAAGAGAAAGUGAAAAAAAGACCAGGAGGUCGCCCAGAGGUAAUUUACAACUACGUCCAGAGGCCCUUCAUCCGCAUGUCCUGGGAGAAGGAAGAGGGUAAAAGUCGCCAUGUGGACUUUCAGUGUGUGAAAUCAAAGUCCAUCACUAACCUGGCUGCAGCAGCAGCAGAUAUCCCCCAGGACCAGCUGGUGGUGAUGCACCCUGGCCCUCAGGUGGAUGAACUGGACAUCCUUCCUAAUCACCCACCCAGUGGGAAUCACUACAGCAACAACUACAGCAAUGAGCCUGACCCUGAUGCACCUUCACCUGCUGUCUGAGGACACACCCCGUCCUCUCUCAAUGCCUCUGCCCCUCUCCUCCUCCUCUAGUCCUCCUCCCAGCAUGCUGCAGCAUGGAGCGCCAGGGGCACCAUAACCAUAUUGCCUUGACACCUCCUUUGCAGCCUUAGAGCCUCAAGAACCUGGGUGACUGUGGAGAAAGAAUCAUGAAGGACAUGAGAGUGCUUAAAGAAAAAAAAAGUUCACUGUUAUUUUCAUUUUGUUCUUUACUUGACCAAAGGAAUUUAUUUUUCUGUUUGGGGGGGAAAAGAUCAGUAAAACACUUAUUAUUAACGAUAUUAUUUACAAUGUUCUGUACUUUAAUUUGAUGGAUUUGGCUGAGCACUUCUGUGGUGUCACUGUUUUCUCACAGUUUUUAUUUCAAAGAUAAAUGAUUUUAAUCCUCUUCAGUGGCCUAACUACUCAAUGUGCUUUGGGGGAAGAACAAAAAGACUUGUUACAGAAAAAAAAAUAAAAAAUGUGACUCUCUGGUGACGGAGGAAAUCAUAAUAUCCAGUUGAACUCCUCAGAUGUCUUUGAAUCUUGUAAUUGGGUAUGUAUUCAUCGGCUGGAUCUGAAAUGUGAUGUUAUGCUCCUCCCACAACUGAGAUAUGAAGCAGAGCACAGGCUGUCGUGGUGGUCCGAAUCUUUUUGUGCAAAGCUUGAAAUUGUUGUUAAAAAAAUUCAAAUUAAAAUCAUCAAAUAAAGACAUCAAAACAUAAUUUUUCUAUACUUGAUUACUAAUUGUAAAACAUGACAGAAGAAAUUGUUGUGGUACUGCUAUGAGUAAUGAUAGAGGAAACAGUUGACAGGGACAUCUUAUCCCGAGUGGAUAAUCUUUCAUAAUUUACAUAACGCUGAUUCCUCUAAUUUAAUUGUCAAAGAAAAACUGAUGACUCUGGACACAAAGCUCUUGUCUCAUUUAUAAAUGUCUGUACUGAAGUUUUGUUGGAAAAACAUCACGCUGGCAAAUUCGCCCUCAGUUUGCCCUGAAUGCUGGGGUUCACAGCCCUCAGUGUUUAUAACUUUACAGCCUGCAGUUUUUCAAAAACAUCCUCUUCAGCCUGAUCUGGUGCUGCUUCCUCAUGUGAUGUUCACCGCCCUCCAGCACUUUGGACUGCAGACACCACAAGAUUAAAAAAAAAGGCUCUUAAACACGGUUACGCUCAUUUAGUUUGUUUUACAAAGGGCAUGGGGGGGAUUAAAUCAAAGGUUUUUUUGUUACCUUGAACUCAUGAGGAAGCUGCUUCAGACUGUGCUGUAUGGAUUUCACACUUUCAGAUGAAAAUCAUGCUUUUCUUGUUGUCUACAUGGUCAUAUGGCAAUUUUCUGAUGCUACAGGACAUAUGAGAAAAAGAAGUAUGAAAUUGUAUUUCUGAAUAUUUCUUAAUUCGAAUUGCUGUGAAUUUCUGAAAGACCCAAACGGCAGGUUCAGAAACAGUGAGAUUUCCUACAUAGCAAAUCCAAGCCCCGCCCCCGGAGCCCCGCUACGCAGGUCAGACUCGGCGAAAUAGAGGGGACGAUCACAGAACAAGUGUCUGCGUUAGCGGAUUAAAAUGCACGUAAGAAAACUAAUUUUGAUAUUAACUUUCAUCAUGUUUCUAAAGACAAUAGUGUCUGAGAGCUGAAUAACCCCUAUGUUACCUGCUUCUGCUACUGCACAGGCAACGUUAGGCUGCAGGCUAGCAUGAAGAGGAGGAGUGUGCAGAGCAGCGCUGUCUCCGCUCACGACCCAGAGGCGAACUGCUAAUGAGCAACUGGAGCUCUGCAGAAGAAAAGACCUUGAAAAUGACACAGGUAACAUCAUAAUCACAGUUUAAACCCCAUUUAUAACAUUUUAAGUAGUAAAAAAACAAAACAAUCGGAGUGGGACUUCAGAUGGACUGACAAGACGAUAGGAUUUUACCACAUGAUGGUACGCUUCAAACUUUUGAAAGGCCUUCUCAAUAUCAUCCCUGCUUUAUUAAUAUAUUAAAAAAUACUAUUAAUAAUGAGUUUUACCUCUGCAUUUCAAACACAUUUUAGAGACGAAAAUAUACAGAACAAUAUUUUACACUUUAAUGACACAUAAUAACAUAUUCUAGGCUAUAAAAUGACUGUUGUUGAUACAGUAUUGAUUGAUGAUAAUAAUAAUAAUGCAUCAGAUUUUUAUAGCGCUUUAUCAGAGACCCUCAAAGCGCUCUUUACAUUGGAUUGAUAAUGUACUCUUUGGCACAAAGGUUCAUAAAACUGAACCAGCAGCUUCUUAUUGUGACGAAUGAGCCGUCUUUGAUUUUUUGAGUCGUUGCUGUUGUUAUCGAUCGCUCUCCUCUGAAG